UGUCGCUUAUAGUAAAGUUUAUAAAAUUAUGUUCUUUUGUAUUUAAGUUUUAGUAAGCAUUUUUCUUCAAUCUCAUAAGGAUUUUUUAUUGUAUUCAUUUACUACUAAGUUAAAUAUUCACAAAAGGACGUGUAACUCAAAAUUAUGUCAGACUCCGGGUCUGAAAACGGUAGCGAGAGGGGCUCAAAUAGGUCGAAUUCUGUGGAAAGUGGGGCCAGAUCUGGCUCCAACUCUCCCACCUCACAAAGAUCUAGGUCCAGAAGUCACUCUGCUUCUCAAUCACCCAAGGCGAAAUCCCACAGCAGAUCGGUUUCUCGGUCAGUAUCAAGAAGCCGUUCUAGGUCCAAAUCCCAAAGUUCCAGGUCUAGGUCAAGGUCUAAAAGUAGGUCUAGCUCUAAAUCGCCCACCCCUCCACGGGAAGACGUCAGACAGAGCUCCAAGUCUAAAUCAAGAUCAAGAUCUGCCUCAAAAUCCUUAAGAGAAUCCAAGUCUCGUUCUCGGUCAAAGUCCCGAGAUUCCAGAUCACGUUCGAAAUCAAAAGAGGGUUCUCAAAGAGAUUCCAGAUCUCGAUCACGCUCUAAAUCGGCCACUCCUUCUAAAGCUAAUCCUAGAACAACUUCUAGAUCAAGAUCCAGGUCUAGGUCAGUCAGUCAGGCAAAAUCUAAGUCUAAGUCAAAAUCAAGAUCUAGAAGUGCUUCAAAGGUAAGGUCUAGAAGUGGAUCUAGAUCAAGAAGUAGGUCAAAAGGAAAGUCUCAAAGCCGAUCGAGGUCUCGAUCAAGAAGUGGAUCAAGAGAGAAAUCAAAAAGUAAGUCUAGAUCAAGAAGUGGAUCAAGAGAGAAAUCGAAAAGUAGAUCUAGAUCAAGAAGUGGAUCAAAAGGGAAUUCCAAAAGCAGAUCUAGAAGCCAUUCAAAGAGCAGGUCUAGAAGUGUGUCAAGAGAGAAAUCUAGAUCUAAAUCUGGCUCCCCUUCCAAGACUGCAUCUAAGGCGGGCUCUAGGUCAAGAAGUGCCUCGAAAGAAAGAUCUAGAAGUAGAUCUAGAUCCAAGGCACGAUCUCGGUCCGGUUCAAGAUCUUCCAGAUCACGUUCAGGAAGCCCCAACUUGGAGAUCGAUGAAGGAAGUCAAAAGAGUGGCUCUGACGGUGAAGGCGGUAAAGAUACCAAGAAAAAAAUAUCCAGGAUUUUAGACACUGAUAGUGAGAGUGACAAUGAUGCUGGAAAGAAUAAAAAUGAAGUAUCAGCGGCCGCCAUUUUUGGAGAUGAUGCAGAUGACAUCAGUGAUGAUGAGAGCGAUAAAGCGUCCUCAAAAGGCAGGGAUGAAGACAGACGAAGAAGUAGAAGCAGGAGUAGAAGCCGCUCAAGAAGCAGAAGCAGAUCAAGAAGUAGGGACAGGGACGAGGAGGUUAGAAGAGUGGGUGAUGAUGACGAAGACGGUACCGCCCCGGGAGAGGCAGAGAAAGAAGAAGAACCAGAGCCUAUUCCAGAAACCCGUAUCGAUGUAAAGGUGCCAAAAAUCCAAUGCGAUCUUGGCCGUGAUAUUAAUUUCGUAAAACUUCCGAAUUUCUUGUCAGUCGAAACUCGUCCUUUUGACCCGGAAACCUACGAAGAUGAAAUCGACGAGGAGGAAACGAUGGACGAGGAGGGUCGAGCCAGAUUAAAACUUAAAGUUGAGAAUACUUUAAGAUGGCGUAACGUGAUGGAUGACGAAGGAAACGUCCGGAAAGAAUCGAACGCGCGUUUCGUCCGAUGGUCGGACGGUUCUUACUCUCUGCACUUGGGAUCGGAAAUUUUCGACGUAUACCGACAACCGUUGCAGGGCGACCAUAAUCAUUUGUUUAUUCGACAAGGAACCGGGUUGCAGGGCCAAGCUGUGUUUAGGACGAAGCUAAGUUUCAGGCCGCAUUCUACCGAAUCAUUUACCCACAGGAAAAUGACGUUAUCGUUGGCCGACAGGUCACAGAAAACGUCGGGUAUUAAGAUUUUGUCGCAGGUGGGCAUCGAUCCGGACAAUGACAGGGCGGAGAGACUUAAAAAAGAAGAAGAAAAACUACGACAACGGCCGGUGGCAAAAACAACCCGUAAAAAACAACCACCCGGUAGUCGAGGUGGUGGUGGUGGUGGUGCUGGAGGCGAUGACGAGGCGAGUGACGACGAAGGCGCCAUCUCGAUUAGCGCCAUCAAAAACAAAUAUAAAAGUGGAGGAGCGGCCGCUUCACAGAAAAUGUCAGCACCAAUUUAUUCUUCUGAUGAAGAAGGGUCAGAUUUCGAAACCAGGAAGGGACGAAAGAGUGACAAGGCAAGGAAAGCUCUUAAAGAUUCUGAUGACGAGGAUGAAGAGGAAGAUGAGGAUAGUGGAAGUGCGAGUGGCAGUGGGAGUGGAAGCGACUAAAAUAGUUAUUUGUGAGUUGAAGUGUAAUUUAGAUUUAAUAAAUAUGAUUGGAAGUUUU